CCCCGUUCCACCAGAAAAUUAAUUUAACAAGUCUUCUCUUUCAAGACUUAAGAAUUGCCCCUGUUUAGUUAUUGCUAAAGCUUGUCCAGUAACCCUAGUUACGUUGGUAUGGGAAGUUGAAGCUGUAUUAAAUACCAACUAAUCUCCAUGCAAAUCUAAGUCAUCACAGUUGUUGAUACUGCUUAUUUUUCUCAUAUUUAUUGUAACAUUAACUAGUUCGGAUUGAGAAGUUUUGACGCCUGAUAAUUAAACAGAGAUAUUAUGAGAGUGUAUUUAUACAAACAGUGGUCAUAUAAUUGGUUUUAUAUCACUAUUUUAUGAUAUAUCAGACUUUUUAUAUAUGUAAAUGUGAACUACUCCUUAACACCCGAUUUCAAUUUGAUUUAUAUAUCAAAUGACACAUAAUUCAACUAAACUAAAAUCAUUAACUGAGUUUCUUCUCCAUUUCUCUUUCCACAGUCUGAAAUGAAUUGGCGAAUCUACCAUGAAUUCGUAAUUUUAGUCAGAUUUUUUAAUUUGCCCCCGUUAAAAUUUAUAAUUAUAAAGAUUUGGACAGUGUUUGAUAGUUUUGCCCCUGAUCAAAUCUUGUUCUAGAUCCGCCACUCUGAAGUCUUUACUAGUUGGUAAAUAGUUUGACUAACCUAGGGUUUUUGCAGACACGCAUUAAUUAGUAGCCCCAAUAAAAUUUGUCACAAAAGAAAAUGGAGAAAAGUAGACACAUGCAAUAAUGGGAGAUGGGCCAAAGUUGCAGGUAGUGAGAGAUAACAAACACAUGACAAUGUCUCGAAAUUAAGAGGCACCACCACUCACACACACUCUUCUCUCUCUCUCUACUCUCUACUCUCUAGUACGUUUUGAGUGUUUUUAAAAUAACAAUCAAUACUUUGUUGGAUUUUCAUGUGAAAUUAAACUUGAUGGGUGAUAGGAAACAGAUGCACCCACGUCAUCACCAGUCACCACCACCAUUUCUACGUCUCUCCAUCUUCUUUCAAUUAUCAGUCUCAUCUUCCAAAUCCACACUACUAGCUCUUUUGCUUUUUUUUUUUUUUUGAACUUAUACUAGCUCUUUUGCUGAAACAAUAAGAUCUACAAUCCCUAUCCAGUCAAAUUAACAAUGGAGCAUGGAGGAAAAUGCAAUGCAAUUGCUACCACAACAAAAAUCUCAACCAAAAUCUUAGAAGCAAAACCACAUACCAACUCUUAUCCGAAAGCCAAACCCGGUUUAGAUCCGACUUUACCUCCAUUCUUGGUCAAGAAAGAAAACCAUAAACCGAGUUCACGUGGUGACCAAGAAACCAAGUACAAGGAGUGCCAGAAGAACCACGCGGUCUCAACCGGAGGACACGUGGUGGACGGAUGCUGCGAGUUCAUGCCUGGAGGAGAAGAGGGCACACUCGGUGCGCUAAAAUGCGCAGCAUGCAGUUGCCACCGGAGUUUUCACCGGAAGGAAGUCUACGAACAUAUAAAUAGUACACAAGAGCUGAUGUCUCCGGCGUUUUACCGCAGUGGUAGCUUGUACAAGGCGAUGAUACAACCACGUGGAUUGUAUCUUCCGAAGAAGAAGAGGAUAAGGACGAAGAUCAAUGAAGAACAAAAGGAAAAGAUGAAGGAAUUUGCAGAGAGGCUAGGGUGGAGGAUCCUGAAGAAAGACGAAGAGGAGAUCAAUAAGUUCUGUAGGUUGGUGAAUCUGAGAAGACAGGUUUUCAAAGUGUGGAUGCAUAAUAACAAGCAAGCAAUGAAGAGGAAUGGUAACGCUUGUAAUCUGCAAAAAUGAAACUAAAUUUUGGGUCUAUAAGUUACUUUUGAAUAUGAAUCCCUGAUUAUUUUAUAGGAUUGUAGAUGCAAAUCUGGACAACAGAAGAGUCUAUUAUGUUUUGAUUUCUUAUGUUUAUGUGCGUUUUUAAUUUUCUUAGUUUAUGACUGCAACGAAUUGAAUAAUUUUGAUACA